UAACAAAAAAGAGUCUGUUGUCAUUUUUACGAUGAGGGCCGGGCGUGAAACUCGUGGAAUUGAUCGGUAAUUUUGGUGGACCAGUUAUUAGUUUUGUGUGCUGAUUAAAUUGAAAAAUGGUGGUGUAUGACGAUAAACCUCUGCAGCAUGAUCCGGAGUUUAAGGGCCCCCUGAAGAACCGCUCGUGCACAGAUAUUCCCUGUCUUUUGAUUUUCGUUGCAUUUAUCACCUGUUGGAUCGCCGUAGGAAUCUUUGCUGUAUCAUCGGGGGAUAUCGAGACACUCUUGGCACCGACGGAUAGUGAAGGCAGGAAGUGCGGAGUGGAUUCGGAUGUCUCAAACAAAUCGUACCUCUUCUUCUUCGACCUGACCAAGUGCGACAUUACGAAGAAAAAAUGUUUCACGCCUCAAGUCUGCGUGGAAAAAUGCCCGAGCGAAUUCUGGAUUGCCAGUGCAACAGAUUCGAUAGAGAACGUCCGUCGGAAAAUCAUCUGCAAGCCGGGGGUAAAUCUGGCGAAUAAAGAUUACAAAGACAUCGUCGCACUCAUUCGCGUCGAGGCAUGCGCUGCGAUGGAAUUCCAGAGCAAAGCCAUCGUCCAUAGGUGCGUUCCUGUGAACUUUUUGACAAACGACAAAAUCGGGGAAUUGAUUAAAGGAAAAUUGAAAGAAGCCGAGGAGAUCAUCGGGUACAUGGCCUUCGCCCAAGGGAUCUUCGAUAAAUUCCUGUCAUCCUAUGGAUCAGUACUUGGAAUAGUUUGCGGUGGAGCUCUCAUCUGUAUAAUCUACAUAUUCUUGCUGAAAUGGCUGGCGAUGCCCUGCAUCCUCGUCGCGAUUGUCGGAGUUUGCGGAUUAUUCGGAUACCUAGGAUACCUGAGUUAUCAAUCGUACUCGGAGACGGAUUCAUCGGUUUGGCUGACAAUAACGAUUAUCCUGGGAUCCGUCGCUGGAAUUAUAGCAUUGCUGACAUUGUGCCUGUGGCAGAGGAUUUAUCUCGCGUGUCAGCUCAUCAAGGAGGCGAGCAAGGCGGUGAUGUCUACCCUCUGCAGUCUCUUCUUCCCGAUUCUUCCGUGGAUCACCCACGUUCUGGUCCUCGUAUACUUCUUCUACAUCGGUUUUCUCCUGAUAUCGAUCGGCAACCAAAAGUUCGCCAUCGAGAAACCAUCGAACGUUACAACCGACAACUGCAUUUGCCCAUCAUAUCUCAAUUACAACAUCGGCAGCCCCUGCGAUCCGGAAAUAUUCAACUCCCGAUGCAGAGAGAACGGAGAAAUGUGCGUAUCAAGAGUGUGUCAUCUCCAGACAGUGGAGAGUCCCCCUCACAUAAUCUGGAUGUACUUCGUCCACAUAAUUGGAGGUCUCUGGAUGUAUUUCUUCAUUUCCGCCCUCGGAGAGAUGGCACUCGCUGCAACCUUUGCCACUUGGUACUGGACAAUGAACAAAAAUGAUGUUCCAUUCUUCACAGUCACUGUCAGCCUCUGGAGAACGAUUAGGUAUCAUUUGGGGACAGUUGCAUUCGGUUCAUUCCUGAUAACAAUCUGUCGUUUUCUGCGACUCCUGCUGGAGUACAUUCACCGCCAGGCCUCGGCACAGGGUGGCGAUCUCCUGGGGGGCUGUGCGAAGUUCAUUUACCGAUUUCUCCAGUGCUUCCUGGCCCUGCUGGAGAGAUUCCUGAAGUUCAUGAAUGGAAACGCGUACAUCGUCUGCGCGAUCUAUGGAAAGGGAUUGUGCGCCUCCGCUGGAGAUGCCCUCAGUCUCCUGAUGAGAAAUAUAUUGAGAGUUGUGGUUCUUAAUAAAAUCGUCGACUGGCUGCUCUUCGCGGGGAAGAUCCUCGUCACCUGCACGAUGAUGGCCAUCUCCUGGUGGUACUAUAAGGAGAAAGAAGGAGACGACGAGUUCUUCUGGGUACCAACACUUCUCGUCGGCCUCGGGUCUUAUCUCGUCGCGUCUGUAUUCUUCAGCGUUCACGCCAUCGCCGUCGACACAAUUUUUCUCUGCUGCUUGGAGGACUCCGAGAGACACGACGGAUCCGCCGAAAAACCGUACUACAUGAGCCGCAAAGUAGCAAAAUUAUUAAAUUUGCGCUGAUUAUUGUAAAAUUAUUGUAAAAUUGGGUCAAUAAAAAUGAAU